AUGGAGGAAUUCCAAGAGGGGUGGUCGUGGAAAUUUGUGGAAGAUCAAGGUCUUCUAUGCCUUUUGGAUGUAGCAUCGCAGAUUCCCGAGCAGUGUGACUAUCCAGUUUCGCACGAGACACGACAACAUGUGGCGAUUUGCCUUCAGCGCCUCGACGAUGACAUGGUGUUUGAUACGAAAAGAGUGAUUUACAAAGAGAAGGUGGACUUGUUUUUCAAUGGUCUCAUGGCUCGCGCGACCGACGAUCCAGAGGGUCAUAAAGUUCGCAUCAAGCUUGCAGCUUUAUUGAUUACACUGCUACAGGGCCCCGUCGACCUUGGUGUUAAUCUCGUCACUAACGACCAAGUCACUGCUAUAAUGCUUCAAAUGGCCGCUUCUUCGAAUCUCUUGAUGCAGGUUGGCCUUCCAAUCCUAAGGAAGUUAUAUGAUUCUGAUGACGAGAAUGUCAAAGUUCGUGCGCUGGUGGGUCUCUGCAAAUGUGCUGCAGCUGGUGGUGACGACGCCUCGCGAGCCACCAUGAAAGAAGGAGCAGCGCUGAAACUUGCUCACACAUGCAAAAAGUUCUUGCUGGAUUACAAUAAGUACAGCACGGAUGUCAGGCGAUUUGCUUGCGAAGGUCUUUCCUACCUCUCACUUGAUGCUGAUGUGAAAGAGUGGAUUGUCGAGGAUUCGCUUCUGCUCCGAGCUUUAUUCUGCCUAGCUCAGUCCGCUGGAGCUCUUUGUGUGUACACGCUGGCUACUAUUUAUGUAAAUCUGACGAAUUCAUACGAGAAACCGCAGGUGGACGAGGAGCUGGUAAAACUUGCUCAGUUUGCCAAGCAUCACGUACCUGAGGUUCAUCCAAAAGACACUGAUGACUAUGUGGAGAAGCGAGUACGUUGCCUAGUGGAAGAAGGAGCUGUAGCGGCCUGUGUUGCGAUCAGCAAAACGGAAUCACACAAAGCCUUGGAGCUUCUUGCUAGGUGUGUAGAUCUAAGAGAUCUAAGAAUCUUUUACGUGACCCUGUCUUUCAUUGAAUUUAAGUGUUCAGGGCUAUGCUCGCGUUUUCCGAACUUGAAGAUCUUAGAGGUCGUAUUAUUUGUGAAGGUGGCACAAAGCUUUGUCUUACGACUAACAAAGGAAGCUACAGCUGAAGGAAAAAUCAAAGCUGCUCACGCGAUAGCAAAACUAGGAGCAAAGGCAGACCCACAAAUCGCUUUUCCUGGUCAAAGAGCAUAUGAGGUGGUAAAACCGCUGUGUGAUCUUCUGCAUCCAGAUAUUGAAGGAAAACCCAAUUACGAUGCAUUGGUAACUUUGACCAAUCUGGCCAGUGUGAGCGAUUCUGUUCGUCGACGUAUACUCAAAGAGAGGGCUGUGCCAAAGAUCGAAGAUUUCUGGUUUAUGACCGACCAUGAACAUCUUCGCUGCGCUGCUGCUGAGUUACUGCUAAAUCUCUUAUUUUUGGAUGAGUUCUACAAGGAUACUGUCAGA